CGGCGCAUGCGCUCAUCCUCCAGACGCGCGGGGUCCCCUGGGGCGCCGACCUAACUGGUCCUCGCAGUGGAAUUGGCAUGCUGUGGCGCUCGGGUCCCGGAUGGCUCCGGACACUGUCCACCUUGCGGCUCCGGGCACUUGGGCUGCAGCCCGGCCAGAGUAACGCGCGGCUCCCUGCCCUCCCGGUAUGGGCGGCCGCGUCGGUGUCGGCGGCCGCUCCAGGCGGAUGGUACGAGGCCCUGGCAGCGUCGGCGCCCGUGCGCGCUGCGGAGGAAGUGCUGCUAGGUGCGCACGCCGCCACCGGCCUGCCCUGGUGGGGCAGCAUCAUGCUCAGCACCGUGGCCCUGCGCGGCGCUGUCACAUUACCUCUGGCCGCCUAUCAGCACUACAUCCUGGCUAAGGUGGAAAACCUCCAACCAGAAAUCAAAAACAUCGCCAAGCACCUUAACCAAGAAGUUGCAGUUCGUGCACAUCAGUUUGGUUGGUCCAAGAGAGUUGCCAGGCUCACUUAUCUAAAGAAUAUGCGGAGGCUUGUUUCAGAUCUGUAUGUUCGUGACAACUGCCAUCCUUUCAAAGCCACUGUGUUAGUCUGGGUCCAGCUUCCAAUGUGGAUCUUCAUAUCCGUUGCCCUCCGGAACUUUAGCACAGGGGCAGCACACUCAGAAGCAGGUGUUUCUGUUCAGGAGCAGUUAGCUGCUGGUGGGGUCCUGUGGUUUCCUGAUCUCACUGCAGUGGACUCCACUUGGAUUCUGCCUGUCUCCGUUGGUGUGGUCAAUUUACUAAUAGUGGAGAUUUUUGCUCUCCAAAAGCUUUCAAUGUCUCGUUUUCAAAUGUAUGUUACACACUUUGUCCGAGCUGUAUCUGUGCUGAUGAUCCCGGUGGCUGCAACAGUUCCUUCUUCUCUUGUUCUCUACUGGCUGUGCUCCAGCCUCAUGGGCCUCUCCCAGAAUCUGCUGCUCCGCUCCCCUGGAUUCCGACAACUUUGCCGGAUACCACCAACCAAGUCGGAUUCAGAGACCCCUUACAAAGACCUCUCUGCUGCCUUUUGUGCCAAGUUCCUUUCAAGAAAAUGACGACAGUACACUUCCAGUAACUCUGAAAUUAUUGGAAAUGCCAUUUUCAGUUUCAUGUAUUGACUGGGAUAGCAUUUAAAUUGUCUUUAACUAUUAUGAAACCCUGUGGGAAAGAUAUAAUUCAGAUGUAUUUGAUAUUUUACAUGCUAGAAAUAAAUGUUCAAUUGUGAAAUGUAAAGAUAAGCCAUGAUAGUGUUAGAAAUAAAUGUUCAGUUGUGAAGUGUUAAGGUAAUCGAAGAUGCCUGGCCUUGUUGAUGCCAUCAUAGCUUUGCUGAGAACAGGAUUAGAUCCUGUGUGAUCUGUGUCCAACUGUCCACACAAUAAAGUUUUGUAAAUUAAAGGC